UAUAUAUAUAUUUGGCGUUGGAUUGGAGGGUCUCUGAGCUGAGAAAGGAGCACCGAGAGGUUAGCUAUUGAUGAGUAACACCAUUCAUAGCAGACGACUAAUGAGUGGUCGUCAUACGAUGAUGAUGACGAUGUUGAUGUUGUGGCUAUGGACUUGGAGGCUGAUCAUGAGUCUCAGCAGCAGCGGCGGCGGCUUCCCUCAUGUGGCCGCGGCCGCGGCCGUGCCAGUGCCUCUGGCAUCAUCAGCAGCAGCAGAAGGUGAGGACGAGGCGGAGGCUGAUCCCCCAACUCCCAGGCCCUGGCCCCACCAAUUCCACUCCAUCCUCUUUGUCAACUUCACUGGAUCCCUCAGCCUCAUCGACCUCUGGUACGACUGGCCCAACGGCCGCAACUUCAACAUCAUCCGCGACCAGCUCCAGGACAGUGACUCCAUCCUCUAUGACCUCGAGUGGAAUAAUGGCACCUCCUUCUUCUACACCCUCCCUGACCACCACCACCCAUCCUCCACCCCACCCUCAUGCCGCUCUGCUCAGCUCGACGUUGGGAUUCUCCGUCCCAACUGGCUCGACGGCGCCUCCUAUCUGGGCCAACGCCACGUCGACGGCUUCCUCUGCAAUGUUUGGGAGAAGCUGGACUUCAUCUGGUACUACGAGGACGUUGUCACUAAAAGGCCCGUUCACUGGCUCUUCUAUACUGGAAGAUCAAUUCAUGUCAUGACAUUUGAAGUAGGAGCAGUACUUGAGGAUGCGAAAUGGCAGGCACCAGUGUAUUGCUUUGAGGAGGUCGAUGAAGAAACUGAUACCAGAGAGAGCGCUUUCUGUGCACAAAAACUGGAAAAUCCUUGGAUGACUUAUUCUGCCAGAGUUUGAAGCGUCCUACCAUAUAUCUCAUGUAGUAACCCAUGCCUGGUCCUGUGGCAACAAAGUACAUUUUUUUUUAUUUGAAUAACCUUGAUCUGUGCUAUAGUAGUCAACUUACUCUGGAACCUAAACAUUCUUGUUCCAAUGUAGUUAUCUUUUGUUUAUAUUGCUCUUCACUUUUUAGAGGCCCUAUUAUAUAAAAGGUUAUGAUUUGGUUACUCUGUU